AUGUGUUCAUCUAUCUAUUUAGAACCCAGCGCGUUUGUGUUCGCUAAGCCUGUUUACACUGUAAAUGAAGACGCAGGUGCUAUAACAGUGACAGUGAAUAGGAUUGGAUCAACAUAUGGUGCGGUUACUGUCACUUGGGUAACUACGGAUAUAUCUGCCAAAUACGACAGUGAUUUCCUCAACAAUGGAGGGACCCUGUUCUUUGGCCAUGGUGUUUCAUCAGUGUCCAUCAUCAUCUCUAUUGUUGUCGAUAAGGUUUAUGAAGUAGACGAGAACUUCAAGAUAAUGCUGACAAAGGUGACACCAAACGGUGCAUUGGGAGUUUUGACCACAACGAUUGUUAAUAUUAUAAACGACGAUAAGGCGUGUGGAGGACCUUGUGGAAUUAAUGCUUUCUGCGACAUGCCCUCACAGAAAUGCGUUUGUAACAAAGGAUACAUCAGGUGGCAAGGAGUAUGCGGCCUGCCAUGCGGAGGAAAAUGCUGUGCGUAUUCUUACUGCAGUCCAAAAGACAACAAAUGUCACUGUAACCCUGGCUACAUCGGAAAUCCAACAGAGAAAUGUUACAAACCAUGCAACAAUGCCUGCAAAAAAUAUGCUUUCUGUGGAAGUGACAACAAGUGCCGAUGCAAGACAGGAUAUUAUGGAAACCCGUACCAGGAUUGUCAUCUGCCCUGUCAUGAUCAAUGUCACAAGAGCAAAAACACCAAAUGUGAUAUUCCUUCCCAGAGGUGUGUCUGCCUCCCUGGAUUCUUUGGUAACCCGCUUAAAGGAUGCCAGAAGCCGAGCGUUUUUGUUAUUGCCAAGUCAACCUAUGCUGUCAAGGAAAGUGCUCAGGUAGUAAUUAUCACCGUAAACAGGAUUGGCGCUAGUUCUGAGGCAGUUAAGGUCACGUGGACUGCUACGGAUGUUACUGCUGUCCAUGGCCAUGACUACGUAAACACAGGAGGCAUUCUCUUUUUCGGCAGUGGCGACACAUCUAAGACCAUUUCCAUCCACAUCACUGACGACACGGUUUAUGAACAAAACGAACAAUGCAGGAUUGAAUUGACUCGCGUGACAGAUGGCGGCAUUAUUGGACUUCAACGCAAAGCGAUCGUCAUCAUUGAGAACAAUGAUAGUAGGUUAUCAAUAUUCAUAUUACACCAUACAUGUAUUUGAUACUGGAACUUUUUAUAUUAAAUAGA